AAACGUGAUGACCUAGUCUUGCCUGUUGGUCUUUCACAGUUGGCGACGGGUAUAGAGUGAAAAUGGCCUCAGCUGUACCCGUGUGUACGAAUAUUUGGAAAAGAUGACGCCGAUGAGCCCUAUAACUUAUUUGAAUACAAGUGUAUUUAGUAUACAUGUACGUAUUGAUUAAACUUACUUACAUAUCGUGACCACCAGCAAAAAAGAAGAAACGAAAGAUCACACAGCCAAGGAUUGUGUGUGCCAGUGGUGGCGCUAGCUAACGUUUUAGCUAUGGAGGAUAUCAACUCAAACAUCAACGCGGACUUGGAGGUGCGGAAGCUUCAGGACCUGGUAAAGAAACUCGAACAGCAAAACGAGCAGCUCCGUAGUCGGUCCACUCUACUGUCUUCAUCUGGAGCAAUGUCAGGGAAUCAUAGACCGCUUAGUGCAGGAUACGAGUCGCCCCUGUCAGCCUCCUCAGCGGCUGGGUUGGCCGGCUUCCCUGGGGUGGGGUUCAGCGGAACGGUUGGCUAUGGAGGGCUUUUAGAAAACUCCCGUUGUCUGAGCCCUAGACUGUCAUAUGAUGGCAUCAGUUUCAGGAGAGCAUAUGAGGGCGAGGGGGCAUCGGCUAACACCCCUUUCACUCGUAUCGACCCGUAUUUUAUUGACGCAGGGGAAACAUUAGGUUUUACGGAUGAGGGGGAAACUUCAAUCUUGGAUGAAGUAGAAAUCCUCGAUCUCGAGGACAUGGAUUGUCUGAACGAAGAUGAAGACAGCUGGCUAUACGAAGCCAAGCUGAACAGCCCCCUGCAGAAAGCCCUGAGCCCCAUGGUGUGGUGCCGCAAGGCCCUGGACAACCCCAGCCCUGACAUGGAGUCCGCCAAGCGUUCUCUCAUCCACAGACUGGACCUCACCAUGUCAGCCAACAAGCGCAGGAGCCUUUACGGGAGUCCCUACAGUCCCCAGGUGAACUACGGAAGCCCGUACUGCACAAACACAGCCAACAGCCCUUACAGCAGUGGCUUCAACUCCCCCUGCUCCACGCCCAGCAGGGUGCCCAUUGUCAGACAGCAGCUCAUGCCCCCUGUCAACCAAGUAACGCAUCACCAGCAGCGCGCUGGCUCAGCCGAGAGAGAUCGCGCCCCCCCGCCGGUCAGCCCACAGUCCUCCGUGGACAGCGAACUGAGCACGUCCGAGAUGGACGAGGACUCCGUGGGGUCCUCCACUACGUACAAGCUCAACGACGUCACCGACGUGCAGAUCCUGGCCCGCAUGCAGGAAGAAAGUCUUCGGCAGGACUACGCCGCCACGGCGUCCAGGAGGAGCUCUGGUUCGUCCUGUCACUCUCUGAGGCGCAGCACCUUCAGCGACCAGGAGCUGGACGCGCACAGUCUGGAGGACGAGGAGGAGGCGGCGCACCCGGCCUUCCACCUCCCCUCCAGCCGCUUCUCCCCCUCCCCACGACACUCCCCCCGUGCCUCCCCCAGGAACUCCCCCCGCUCCCGUUCCCCUGCGCGCUCCCUGGAGUACAACCACAGCCGGGGCUCCCCGCAGCCAAUCAUCAGCCGGCUCCAGGCCCCGCGUCACUCCCUACAGGGCCACGCCCCCCAGGACCUGCAGACGAACACCGUGAGGAACGAAGACAAGUUGAGGCGUAGUCUUCCCAACCUGACCCGCUCCAACGUGGCCCAGCAGAUCCCAGAGCCCGUCAAGAACAGCAGGAGCUGUGAGUCCAACCUGCAAGUGCCGAACGGCGGCUCGCCCAGACACCAGGCCGUCAGUCAGUCAGCCAUAGCCCAGCACUCCUCCGCUGCGCUCCACUCCCGGUACUCCACCCCCCCUCGCUCCUCCCAAACAGGACCUCCCGCUCGAUCAUUACUGUCCCCGAAACCCAAACAGCACCUCCAAAGCCCGUCUUCCCUACGAGUUCAUCUCUCCUGUUGCUUUGGAGAAGAAGGUGAUUUCACGCAUUCGAAGAGUUCUUCUGAACACACAUUAGUCCCUUCUCCCAGCAAGUUACGCACCCCGGCCACCCCGUCGCCCCUGGCCCUCAGGCAGCCUGUGAAGGCCACGUCCACGCCUGGUUCUGGAGCCUCCACCCCGACACGCUCCUUAGGCCCGGUGCGCAGCGGUCUUCCUCGGCCUAGUGCCGGGGGAGGGGGUGGUGUAGGAGGCGGAGGCAUCCCUGUGCCGCGCAGCAAACUGGCCCAGCCAGUACGCAGGUCUUUGCCUGCUCCUCGAACCUACAGUGGAGAGAACUGGAGGGAAGGCUGCUAUUGAGGCUGGCCAGUAGGGGGCGCAGCAGCUCUCAUCAGCACAAAGAGGCAGGCGAACAUUACAAUGUGGCACUUUAUCAACCAAGAUUUCUUUUACCAUGGAUAAAGAAACAAUAUGAAAGAAAAAGUUGGAUUCUUCAUACUGUCAUGAAGAACACAAUCUGAAUAUCUGAAGCAGCAUGAUGUGUGCCUCUGUCUGGAGGGGCCAGGUAGAGCAGGCAGGCGGAAUUCAAGAGAUGCCAAAGAAACCAGCCGAGCUCCGAUGCCACCAGAGGGCACUCUCGACCGCCUCAGUGUGUCUGGUUAGACAUCAGUCAUUCACAAUGCUUCUCAUCAUCUCUCCCUCUCCUCUAUCUGUUUUCCUCCCUCAGGUUAAAAUGUUUCUACACAUUUCUCUUUUUGCAGUCUGUUCUCAACAGAUGCCUUUGUCAGAGAUCUCUAUGACGAUGCUGUGCAGGUAAAAUGUUCCCUUAAUAUUAAAGAAUUGUUGUGAACGUUUUACGGACUGAACACAACCUGUAAGGUUAUGUUGUGAAUAAAUCACAUUUUGUUUUCUCUUGUCAAUCAACUAGAAUGUAUUGAAAUGUUUGGGACAUUUUCUGAAUAAUUAUUUAAAGGUUCCAUUUUCCAAAUAUCCAUAUUCAGUAUUUUGUUCCUUAAUUUAAAAGUACAUUUUAACCUCAACUGCAAAGCUAAUUCUCCAAAGUAUUCUUAGAUGGUUUCAUAACAGGUUAUUUGAGUGUUGAAUGUUUUUAUGUUGAGAACAUACAGGUGACUGGUUGAACACAUGUGAAUGGUAGAAACAGGCCAAAGCCCCAUUCCAAACCUGUAACAUAUCUAGCCUGUGGUUGAAUGAGUAUCGACCAUCACAUAUAUUCUGGGUUUGUCUGGGUUAUAAUGUGAAGCUGGGCCAAUCCAUGGCGGUCGUCACAAUCUCAAACUUCUGGUUUGGUUAGUUAUUUCCAUUUGCUCUUGCCCAUUCAGUUAAAUAUGCAGUGAUAGCAUCCAGACACUAGUCAGUGAGGCAUGUGCCCCCUCUAGACAUAACUAAUACAUAUAGAAUCCCACCCUUGUAGCCGUGCGAACCAAGCAUGCAGCAAAUGCUUCAUUUACACUCUAAGAGAAAAUCGUGCUGGAGGAUCCUUCAGAAUUACUUUAAAAAUGUAUUUGAUUAAUCCAUUUAAUGGUUCCUUAAAUAUCUUUAAAAUAAAGAAAACUGAAGAAUCUUCCAGGAGAGUGAUAUUAAAUGUAAAACCUGCAAACAAUAUUGUGUCAGUGUAUGUUAUGUUGAGAGAGAAGGAAUAAAUGAUCAGGACAUCUGGAAAAAAAGAUUAUCGUGGAAAGGUUCAAUAGGUUUGUGAAUUUUGCCUCUUGUGCUUUAAAAUGAAUCAAAGAGAGAUAUUGUUGUGCCAGAAAUGAUCAAUCUAGUGCCUAUUAAUUUAAAGUUUCACUUUUAAUGUGCUUUUUAUUUUUAAUUAUCAUUAUGUGCCAAUUUUGUCUUGGUUUGCCAAUAUAAUUUGUCUUUGCAUUUCUGGUUGAUUUUGUUUGGGCUAAUACAUUUUGAUUAUUAUUUUGUAAUUGCAUAUCAACAAUACAUUUAUAAUUGCUUUUCCGAAAAAUACAUGUAUAAUAUGCGCCUUGAUAUUUAUAACUACUCUCAUUCUGUAAAUGAAACUAUUUAUUUUAGAGAGAGGUGCCUCUGUAUGUCAAGGUUUGGAUUUCGUGGAAAGCUUGGGCUGUUUUCGCAAAAAGAUAUGCCACACCAUUUUGUGUGAUAGUUUUUGUUAAUGAACUUUUUAUAUCCACCAACAUGACAUUGAACUUCCCGGUGUAAACUCACAUUUCAAUUAAAAGUUAAGAAUCUGUU